GGGACUUCGUCCGGGGGCGGAACCGCGGCCCUGAGGAGGCCCUUUGAUAGGCCCUCUCAUCCCGGAACUUCCGGGCCUCGCGAGUGCAUAUGGCAGCACCUGGAACCUGAGAGGCUACCCGAGGGUGUCGGAGGCCUGGUGAGAGAUAAUGGCGAAGAACAAACUAAGAGGGCAGAAGUCCAGGAAUGUAUUCCACAUAGCCAGUCAAAAAAGCUUUAAGGUUAAAAAUAAAGCAAAACCAGUUACCACUAAUCUUAAGAAGAUAAACAUUAUGAAUGAUGAAAAAGUUAACAGAGUGAAUAAAGCUUUUAUAGAUAUACAGAAGGAACUGGCAAACUUCUCAAAAGGCCUUUCCCUUGAACCUCUGCAGAAGCAACUGAUGUCUCAGCAGUGUCAUGAAAACGUACCAGUUAACGUUGAUGAAGCUACAAGGUUAAUGGCUCAGUUGUAAUACACCAAUGAUGCAUCAAAUUCCCCAAAAAGACCAAUAAAUUUAAUCUUUUAUACAAUUUUA